GAGAGCGGAUACAGGGAAUGCAGGGCCCGGGGAGAGCGGAUACAGGGAAUGCAGGGCCCGGGGAGAGCGGAUACAGGGAAUGCAGGGCCCGGGGAGAGCGGAUACAGGGAAUGCAGGGCCCGGGGAGAGCGGAUACAGGGAAUGCAGGGCCCGGGGAGAGCGGAUACAGGGAAUGCAGGGUCCGGGGAGAGCGGAUACAGGGAAUGCAGGGUCCGGGGAGAGCGGAUACAGGGAAUGCAGGGUCCGGGGAGAGCGGAUACAGUGAAUGCAGGGGUCCGGGGAGACCGGAUAUAGUGAAUGCAGGGUCCGGGGAGAGCGGAUAUAGUGAAUGUGGGGUCCGGGGAGAGCGGAUAUAGUGAAUGCAGGGUCCGGGGAGAGCAGAUAUAGUGAAUGCAGGGUCCGGGGAGACCAGAUAUAGUGAAUGCAGGGUCCGGGGAGACCGGAUAUAGUGAAUGCAGGGUCCAGGGAGACCGGCUAUAGUGAAUGCAGGGUCCGGGGAGACCGGAUAUAGUGAAUGCGGGGUCCGGGGAGACCGAAUAUAGUGAAUGCAGGGUCCGGGGUUUAGUAACACUGUAAGGCACGCAGAACUCAGAAAUCCUUGGAAGUAGCCUUGGGGA